CUAGAUGGACUCAUUAGAUUGCUUCGUGACGCUGUGGCGGUAGCGCACUGCCUGACUGUUGUGCCGAAGCCUGGUAGAUUCAGAGACUUGCACAGAUAACGUCAUACAGAAGAGUGUUUCCGGUCAAAAAGAACGAUUUUAUCUCGGUUACUCACAUUGGAGAGCCACCAGUUCGACCUAUAACACCCGGCAAGUGUCCUCAAUUUCACUUAAAUACUUUGCAGAGGACGUCACCAGUUCAAUCUGUAGUACUCUACAGGGGAAGCCACCAAUUAAGCCUGUAGCACUCUGCAGAGGGAGCCAUCAGUUCAGUGUGUAUCAUUCUGCAGAGGAAGUCACCAGUUCAGCUUGUAGCACCCUACAGAAGGAACCACCAGUUCAGCCUCUGGGACCCUGCAGGAGGAGCCACCAGUUCAGCCUGUAGCACCCUGCUGGAGGAUCCACCAGUUCAGCCUGUAGCACCCUGCAGGAGGAGACACCAGUUCAGCCUGUAGCACCCUGCAGGAGGAGCCACCAGUUCAGCCUGUAGCACCCUGCAGGAGGAGCCACCAGUCCAGCCUGUAGCACCCUGCAGGAGGAGCCACCAGUUCAGCCUGUAGCACCCUGCUGGAGGAUCCACCAGUUCGACCUGCAGCACGUUGCACCAGAGUGUGAAGUUCCUAGCCGAGGACUGGACGCAAGAUGCUGGCCACAGUGCACGAGGAAUACUGUGAAGACGACGUGGACUCUGAGUGGGAGGACUUCGACCGCCUGAUGGAGGAAUACCGGCUGAGACGCCGCAACAUCCCGGCGUCGCCGCUGCUCAGCAGUGUGCGCCACUAUGACCACCGCAGGGCGCAAGAGCAGGUGUUCUAUCCCUGUCCUCCUCCCCAACCCUCGGAGCUCAUCGAGGACUUGGAUUAUGUGCAGACAGUGAUGUAUGGACGUUACACCAAAGACCUCGGUGAAUACGCUAAAGAAGAGGCACGCAAAGUGAAGGCACUUGAGCGCAAACGCAAGAAGGAAGACCGUCUGCGUAACAAGGAGUUGCAGAAGUACCGAGGGAAAUGUGCGAGCAAGGUCAUAGCGGCGUUUAGUUUCGUAUGGCGGCACACUUUUGCAAGGCUGGGAGAGGACUGGGUGUUCCUGGCUCUACUCGGGAUCAUCAUGGCGUUCAUCAGUUUCCUCAUGGACCGUGGCAUCAGUAUCUGCAACCAAGCUCGCAUCUGGCUGUACAAGGACCUGACAACACAUCCCGUGGUUCAGUAUGUAGCGUGGAUCAGUCUUCCUGUGUUCCUCAUCCUGUUUUCUGCCGGCUUUGUCCACAUUGUAGCUCCACAGUCAAUAGGUUCAGGCAUACCCGAGAUGAAAACAAUCCUGAGAGGGGUGGCCCUGAAGGAGUACUUGACAUUUCGCACCCUCAUAGCCAAGAUUGUGGGGCUGACAGCGACCCUCGGAAGUGGCAUGCCACUGGGUAAAGAGGGUCCAUUCGUGCACAUUGCCAGCAUCACUGCCACACUCCUAUCGAAGCUAGUGACGUCAUUCCAGGGAAUCUACGAGAAUGAGUCUCGUAACUGUGAGAUGCUGGCUGCUGCUUGUGCUGUUGGUGUUGCCAGUUGUUUUGCUGCUCCAAUUGGAGGUGUGCUGUUCAGCAUAGAGGUCACGACCGUGUACUUUGCAGUCAGAAAUUAUUGGCGUGGGUUCUUUGCUGCUGUGUGCGGUGCAACCGUGUUCAGACUGCUGGCAGUGUGGUUUCAGAAAGAAGCCACCGUGACGGCCGUGUAUGCUACAAGCUUCACCAUGGACUUUCCGUUCGACCCACAGGAACUCAUUGUAUUCGCUCUCAUUGGUGUGAUCUCAGGGCUGGGAGGGUCCAUGUAUGUGUGGGUGCACCGCCAGUAUGUUCUGUUCAUGCGACGGAACAAGAAGAUGACCUCUUUCCUACAGAAGAACCGUUUCCUGUACCCAGGAAUAGUCUCGCUGAUGGUAGCAUCUGUGUCCUUCCCUCUUGGAUUUGGCCAGUUCAUGGCAGGAGAUCUGAACUCCCAUGAUCAGGUGUCAGGCCUGUUCACAAACUUCACAUGGACCAAAGGGAACCUUACCGUGCUGGAAGCAGAGACUGUGCGCCACUGGAUUACCCCUUACACUGAUGUGUUCGUGAGUCUCGCUGGCUUCAUUCUCUUCCAUUUUGUCUUCUCCAUCAUUGGUUCAACAAUUCCCGUUCCAUCAGGAAGCUUCAUUCCUGUGUUCAAAAUUGGGGCAGCAUUGGGCCGAAUGAUGGGCGAGGCAAUGCACCUCUGGUUCCCACAGGGCGUCCAUUAUGGCAAUACAGUAGCGCCCAUUAUACCAGGUGGCUAUGCUACAGUAGGAGCUGCUGCAUUCUCAGGAGCUGUGACACACACCAUCUCGGUGUCGGUGAUUGUGUUUGAGAUGACAGGCCAAAUCACACACAUCAUUCCCAUCAUGAUUGCAGUGCUGAUCUCGAAUGCAAUCGCUGCGCUGUUGCAGCCGUCACUGUACGACAGCAUCAUCCUCAUCAAGAAGUUGCCAUACUUGCCAGAUCUGCUGCCGUCCAGCUCCAAAAUGUACAGCGUGUAUGUGGAGGACUUCAUGGUCCGUGAUGUCAAGUACAUCUGGCAUGGAAUGAGCUAUGGGAAGCUGAAGGAGGUGUUGAAAGAGAACCGCAAUCUGAGGGGCUUCCCCCUGGUUGACAACCCAGAAUCCAUGAUCUUGUUGGGCUCUAUUCAGCGCCUGGAGCUCAUCAAACUCAUAGAACGCCACAUUGGACGGGAGCGACGGCUGCAAGUGGCUGCCAAGUGGAAAAAGGAGGCACAAGAGAGGGCCAAAGAAGAGAUGGAACGUAAGAUGUGGGAGGAGUCACAGAGGCAGCGACGACCAUCCCGGUUUGAGGUGAUCCCUGCACCAGACAUCUUGAAGCUUCGACAGCGCUCCAGCAGUGACCUCGUUUCACACAAUAAUCUUGCAGUGGGGGAUGUCAAUGGGAGCAAUCCACUAUUCGGUAGUCAACCAAAGAAAUCAAUUCUAAAGAAAACUAACUCCUUCACACUGCGCAGUUUCAGCCCCCUGAUGAGCCCCACGCCUACUCCCUAUACAACAGUCACAGGGGCAGAAAGCCGGAUCCGCCUGGCAUUUGAGGCCAUCUUCCGCAAGUCAGCAACUCUACAGGAUGUGAACCCUGACCCUGAAGCAGGAGUUGGAGGCAGCAUGGAUGUCAAUUUGACAAUGGGGGAUCUAACUGAUGCACCCCCUGUCCCUCCCAGUCCCAGAGCCUACAAGAAAGUGCAACUGCCACGGGAGCGAGUGAUCGACAUGUCACCGGAGGACCAGAAGCAGUGGGAGGAGGAGGAGAUGAGCAAGGGAGUUAACUUUGACAAGUGUCACAUUGAUCCAGCCCCCUUUCAGCUUGUAGAGAAGACUUCAUUGCUGAAAGUGCAUUCCCUUUUCUCCAUGGUAGGGGUAAACCAUGCAUAUGUCACAGCAAUCGGCAGGCUCAUUGGUGUCGUCGCACUCAAAGAGCUCAGGAAGGCGAUCGAAGACUCAAACUCAGGUAAUGUUCCAACGCAUCAGCCUCCGCACAUAACCCUAACCCCUCCACCAGGUUCGGGGAUAAAGGGUGACUUGCCCCUGGUCAGUGACCCUCGCAGUAAUGACACCAUCACAUCCAUGGACUCUGCCCUCAGUAGCAACACCGCAGCCAGUGAGACAGAUGUAGAAGACAAUGUCGACAGCUCAAGGCUAUGAUGGCCAUCAUGGUAUCCUCACAGUUCAGUUUAUGAUUGUUAUGGGUAUCAAAGUGUGACUUCUACCUCGCUGGCUGAUUGCCACCCUGAGAGAAUGGAUGUAGGGGCGUGAGUGUAGCACACAGCUGUGAUAUAUGUGAGAUUUGAGGUUCUUACUGUGUUGACUAUGAAGAUUACUGCCUUCUGGGAUAUAACGCCACGUAGUCUGGCAGAAAUUUACCAACAUUUUGAAAGCAACUGCUGUCUCCAUCAACAGAGUUUGGAAGAGUGUUGGCAACUUCCUACUGGGUUUCAUGGCUUCAUGUUCUACAAGACAAUAAUCUUCAGCUGUGAUAUACAUUGACCCAAACUGGUGUACGUGCGUUGCAAGCGCGUCCCAGAAAUGUUAGUCGUGGGAUGUAGUGUGUAGCAUGAAUGGUUGUACGUAGCAUAGCUGCUCAGUGGAACUGCUGCCCUCUGGCAGGUUGCUGAAGCUCUGUUUUCAAAUUCUGGCAAUGACACAGUCCUGUAGUG